AUGGCCGCGCUAACUGGAGAUUCACAAAAUCGACAAGAAGCCACAAAGAACUACGAGCAGAAAUCUCAAAUAAGCUACAACACCCCGUAUCCAGAGAACAACAAUCUAUUCCAAAUGAUCAAGUGUCACGAGGACAGUCUUCUGCGACUCCACCACCUCACAGCUGGGAGGCAGAUCACAAACUACGAGCCCACUUACCAGAACGAUUUAACCUGGUACCCUAAAGACCUGCAGCGGCAGUACAUCAAACCAGUCGACUACCUAGCGUACGAAGACAUGAGAAGGAAGAUAGACGAAGCCAAAAGCGUGAAAGAGAAGGAGACACGAAAGGAGGAAGAAAGGGAUGGAAAAGAGGAAAGAAAGAAGCCGCGAAGGAAUAGAACGACGUUCACCAGUCAGCAGCUCGCGGCUUUGGAGAAGGUGUUCGAGAAGACUCACUACCCUGACGCGUUUGUGAGGGAAGACCUGGCGUCCAGGGUCAAUUUGACUGAAGCUAGAGUUCAGGUAUGGUUCCAAAACAGACGAGCGAAAUUUCGAAGAAACGAAAGAUCAGCAUUAUCCGGCCACAGAGGAGCGGCAAGUCAGAGCUCCCCCGAACCUAUCCCAGUGCCUAUCGACAUUGCGCAAAACCCCCGACAAGACUUUCGUAACACAAAAGAACCGUGGCUUCAUCAUUUCCAAGCAAACAACUUGAAUUUCAACCUGGGGCUACCCAUCACCAACUCAAGUUUGUACCAAAACGAUUAUACUUUGAUGAUGCAAAAUUGCAACAGACAGUAUCCGAACGGAAAUAUCAUGGGCCAAAAUGUUUCCAACUACAGUGGUACUGAGAACGGCUACGGAUCUUGCUCGUUCAUAGGUGGUUACAGUGGCUCAUUACAGACGACCCACCCCAGUUCGUAUAAUCUGAAUCUGAGACUGAGACCACAUGAUUUUAGCAUCAACAAUAUAACUUUAUGA